CCCAGGAGGACUUGAACGCACCAUAAGUUCUUCUCUUUAAUGACGUAGCAAUAAAGUGAACCUCAACUCCCUGCUCAACGAAUAGGGAGCAGUGAACACUGCAUAGGGAGCCUGAAUCGGAUCGCAGGCAACCAGCAUUGGGAACGCCUACUAGAGGCAUUUGUCGAUUUGCAGCGACAAAGUGGUCGCUUCUGAUGUGCGUUUAGAGUGGUUUUACUGCGUGUUUGAAGUGUCUGACAAACGACUUGGGAAUAUGGUUAACGCUUUUGUUUUGUUUUUUGUGUGCUUGUGGCGUCUGGUUGAUGUGAAGACAGUAUCAUUGAUGGAGGGAGAAUCUGUCACUUUACACACUGAAGUACAGAAAUACAUGUUGAUACAGUGGAUGUUCGGAAGCACACGAAUAGCUGAAAUUGACAGACUCACACAAACAAACUCGACAUAUGAUGGUCCUGCUGAGAGAUUCAGAGACAGACUGAUGCUGGAUCAGACCGGAUCUCUGACCAUCACAAACACCAGAACCACAGACUCUGGACUUUAUACAGUAAUAGUUAUCAACAAAGAGACCAGUUACAUGAGUUUCAAUGUUACCGUCUAUGAAUCUCCACAAAAUACUUCAUCACCAGAGAGAUCAUUGUCCAGCUGUGCGGUAAAUAAUUUAACUGUCAACCAAACUGAGGAUGCCAAUGUUACAGAACUCCAUCAGCCAUGUUCAGACUACAUCCACUGUUGUGGUUUUGUUGAAACAGUGAUUCGAUUGUCUCUCUCUGCUCUGGUGGGCGUGGCUACUGUUGCUUUUCUUGUUUAUGACAUCAGAUCUACAAGAAGUGAACUGAACAGGAUGAAAGAGAGUAGAUAUCACCGUCAGAUCCAUGGAGUAAAAUCAGACCAUCAGUAUGAAAUGAGUAGAAGUUUUAGUUCCAGAUAUGUCUGCUGAAGUUUGAUGGUAUAAUCCCAGAGAUAAAACACGCAUUAAUAUUUCCUGCACUUGCAUUGCUAUUUAUUAACUUUUUUUUUUUUUUUUUUUUUUUGCAUUCAUUGACCAUUUAUUGAUUGCAUAUGCACAGAAUAUGAUUUUGAUUGAUUCAUUAGAUGGUUAAUUACAUGGCUUUAAAGAUAAUUAUUACCCUAAACAAAAUAAUAGGUAGCAACAAAAAUUAUGCCAAUGAUUCUCAUAAGCUCUUGUUUCUGUUGCACCCUUGAAAUGAAUCUCACUGAUGAAAUGAGUUACUUUAAUAAAGAU